AUGAAGGCCUCUCCACUGCUGAUCUCGUGGCACAACGACAAUGCCCCCAUCUAUUCUGUACACUUUGAUCCCAAUGGCAAGAGCCGACUAGCAACGGCUGGAAAUGAUAACAAUGUUCGACUUUGGCGACUCGAAUGUACCGGAGAAGAACGCAAAGUGUCGUAUUUGAGUACACUGGUGAAGCAUACACAAGCAGUGAAUGUGGUCCGAUUUUGUCCGAAGGGUGAGAUGUUGGCAUCUGCUGGAGACGAUGGCAAUGUUUUGUUAUGGGUUCCCUCAGAGGUACAAACACAGCCUGGACUUGGCGAGGACCGGUCGGACGACAAGGAGACCUGGCGGGUGAAGCACAUGUGUCGUUCCUCUGGGGCCGAGAUCUACGACCUGGCCUGGUCGCCGGAUGGAGUCUUUAUUAUCACGGGCAGCAUGGAUAACAUUGCUCGAAUCUACAACGCUCAAAAUGGGCAAAUGGUACGCCAGAUUGCGGAGCAUUCCCAUUAUGUGCAGGGUGUCGCGUGGGAUCCCCUCAAUGAAUUCGUCGCGACUCAGUCAUCCGACCGAUCGAUUAUGAAGAUGGAUCUGCCGGCCAAGCGUAUCUCAUCCAGCAGUCCUGCCCCGGAGCCAUCUAGCAGGCCUUCACAAAGCACGACCAACUCCAUUGCUAUCGCAUCCCCUGCUCCAUCAACACCGGGAACACCCAUGACCUCGAAUCUACCCAUGGAUCCUCCUCCGGUUUCUCACAGUCGCCGUUCCUCGUUUGGUUCGUCCCCAUCGAUUCGGCGGUCCGCUUCUCCUGCUCCAUCCCUACCACUACCUGCCGUGAAGCCCCUAGAGGUCUCAUCCCCGAGUCUUCUUGGCGGUCUUGGUGUGAAGAACGCCAGCAUCUAUGCAAAUGAAACUUUCACGUCAUUCUUCCGGCGACUAACAUUUACUCCGGACGGGAGCCUUUUGUUUACACCGGCUGGCCAGUAUAAGACUUCUAAUGUCUCGGCCAACGAUCCCUCGAAAACAACCGACGAGAUUAUCAACACCGUCUACGUCUACACACGGGCUGGUUUCAACAAGCCGCCUAUCUCUCAUCUACCUGGCCACAAGAAGCCUUCCGUAGCGGUCAAGUGCUCGCCUAUCUAUUACACCCUGAAGCAAGGCGUACAGCCGGUCAAGAACAUGACGGUCGACACAUCAGCAGGAGGAGAGGCGAUGUUCCCUCCUCUGCCAGACUCUGUCGUGGCCUCGAAUACAUCCUCUACCAGCAAGCCUUCCAUGGAUCCACCAUCUUCUAACCCCGCAGGUGGUGAUGCAUCAAAGCCUCAGCCUUCACCCAAGACCUCUGAUGGCAAUGAUGCAGGAAUGGCGCCAGUUUUUGCCCUUCCGUAUCGCAUAAUCUAUGCCAUUGCUACACAAGACGCCGUUCUGGUAUAUGACACACAACAACAGACUCCCUUGUCUGUUGUAAGCAACCUUCACUUUGCUACCUUUACAGACUUGAGUUGGUCCAAUGAUGGAUUGACGUUGAUUAUGAGCUCUUCUGAUGGGUUCUGUUCUACUCUUUCAUUUGCCCCCGGAGAGCUGGGCCAAGUCUACACGGGUCCGACCUCGACUGGUUCAAAUCCAGUCAGCUCAAAUCCAGUCAGCUCAAAUCCCCCUUCGACCAAUAUCACACCUCUACCAACUCCAACACAUGUUCCGUCACCAAUAAAAGCGGCCCAUGCACCGGCAAGCAGUGGAGGCUUUGCGACGGCUAACAACGGCCAAGUGCCUCCAGCCAGCCCUGCACGGUCUAACUCGGCGGGCUCAGUCGCAACCCAAUCUUCAACACAGCAGUCCGCAGCUGUGAUCAACAACCCGACCCCGACCCUUGGCUCUGUGCCUUCGGUGACAGCAACGAACUCGGCGCAGCCCUCUGCCCUUCCCCUCACGACGCCCCCGCACACUCCCCUGCCAAAUACCGUGAUACCAUCCAUUGGCAGUGUUCUUGGCAAGCGCGACGCACCCGCCACCAGCGAAUCUGAAAAGGAGGACAGCAAGGGCUCUGAAUCGGCGGCGGCGACACAGCAGCCAAAGAAGCGCCGGAUUGCCCCGACCCUAAUCUCUGCCGGUACUGAUUCAGCGUCAUCCAAAGACCAAUCCGAGAAUCCUAAUGCCGGAAGCUGA